AUGACCAGUAGACAUACUCGGAGCAACGCACAAGGACCACUACAUCAGCUGACUAACGAAGAACUCGCAAGAUUAGAAAGACAGAACCGUCAACAGCCAAGAACAACCGACACCAACAUGGGUGAUCAUGGCAAUAUGGAUGACCUCACUGCUGCAUUGGCACUCAUUCAACAACAAAUGCAGAAUCAGCAACAGCAGAUGCAGCAGAUGCAGCAAACCAUCCAGAAUCAGCAACAAGCUGCACAAGAGCAAGCAGCCGAGAACGCUGCGCGAGAGGAGCGUGGUGCUCUUAUUGGGGAGCGAAACCUUCCGAGGAAUUUUGCUACUAACCGCUCCCCCAUCAACCCUCCACCCUGUACUCGACAGGAUUAUGAGAUCAAACCUGCACUGAUUGGUCUGGUACAGAAGAGCACAUUCAGUGGCCUCACUUCAGACAUACCAAUGGAUCACAUAGAGGCCUUUGAGAGGAUCUGCAAUUUCUCUCGCUCAAAUGGAGUGCCACCGGAUUACGUCAAGUGCACGCUGUUCCCAUUUUCUCUUGAAGGGAAAGCUGCACGUUGGCUGCAAUCUCUCCCAACCGGUUCUCUAACCUCAUGGGAUCAGGUUCGAUCAGCAUUCCUGAGCCACUUCUACACAAAGUCCAAAACCGCGGCUCUAAGGCAUAGAAUCUCCAACUUCAAGCAGAAAUCUGAUGAACCCUUUUAUGAAGCUUGGGAGAGGUAUAAAGAGUACCAGAGGGAAUGUCCACACCACGGGUUUGAUGACGAUUACAUAUUGGAGGUGUUCUACGAUGGAGUGAGCUAUGAGUACCGGAACACCCUCGAUUCCUCUAGUAACGGAGACUUCAUGACUCAGACCACCCCUGGUGCAUUCGCGUUGAUUGAGAACAUGGCUUCCAGUUCACUCAACAAGAACAAGGAGCAUGAUCGCUCCAAAAGUGUGAACAGCAUAGACGAUCUAGCGGCGAAGGUGGACCAACUGCUGAAGGGAAACCAGAGCCAGGUCUUCAUAAUGGAAGAAGCAACUCCUGAGAAGAGUGCGGGGGACAAGGCGUUUGAAGCUGAGCAGGCAGGAGACGAUCAGCAGGAAGUGAGUUACGUAAAUGGACAAGGGUGGCAGCUGAAGAAUUAUCACCCAAACCCUAACGUAAGGAACAAUCCACAACUUUUCUGGCCUAAGCAGGACAAACAAGUUGAUCCGGCGCAGAACAACCAGGGCCAGUAUUCGGGAUAUCAGAAGAACUAUCAACCCCGAACAUAUGUUCUAAGCCAACCGCAGAGCAAUCAGCCUCAAAUACAGAACCACCAGAACACUCAAGUCGCUACCUCCACCCCUGUCGCUGUUCCGCAAGAUGAAACUAAAACCAUGCUGCAGCAACUCCUCCAAGGACAACAGCUCCAAGGGAAAGCGCUGAACCAGGUCACUACCGAGAUCAAUACUAGGAUGAACCAUAUGUUCGGAGACCUGAGCACCAAAUAUGAUAAUGUCGCAAGCCAUAUGAGACAGAUGGACAUUCAGAUAGCUCAGACUGCCGAGAGUGUCAAGAGACAGCAAGGUACUCUACCUGGUAAAACAGACAAAAACCCCAAGGAGUGCAAUGCGGUUCAGCUAAGAAGCGGGAAGCAACUUUCCGAGCCAGAAAGGAGAAGGUUCACCGCGGCUGAGAAAGGCAAGCAGAAAGAGUCAGAGCAACCACCAGCCGACCAAGCAGAUGAGGGGAAUACAGAGCCGGUAGUUGAAACAGCCUCGCCACGCUCAGAACAACCGGCUGAAGCAGUGCGCCCGAUUCCAGAGGCUGUUCCUCCUCGCGAAUACAUUCCAAAAGUCCCUUACCCUGUUCCAGCGAAGGUCACUCGUAAGGACAAGGAGGAAAUAAAAUGCAGGAAGAUGCUGGAAGAUCUAACCGUCCGACUUCCCCUGAUGGAUGCGAUUCAGAUGAUGCCCUCCAUGCGUAGCUUUAUGAAGGGGUUGAUCUCAGGGAAAAUAUCAGACGAGAGCGAGUUCAUGACAGUUUCCAAGGAGUGCAGCGCAGUGCUUCAGAACAGCGUGAAUCUCAUGCCCUACUCUGUCGCUUUACGACUCGGAUACACGCACUUCAAACCAACUAAGAUGUCCUUGGUUUUCGCAGACAGAUCAGUCAAAUCUCCUGUUGGUAUUCUAGAGGAUCUCCAAGUGAAAGUAGGGAACACCACUGUUCCAGCAGACUUCGUUGUUCUGGAAUUGGAAGAAGAGUCUAAGGACCCCCUCAUCUUGGGAAGACCAUUCUUAUGUACUGUCGGAGCUAUCAUUGAUGUGCGACAGGGAAAGAUUGAUCUGAAUCUUGGGGACAUAGUUAUGCAAUUCGAAAUGGAUGAGUUGCUAAAGAAGCCGAUGUUGGAUGGACAAACCUUUGAGGUCAAUGAAGGGGUUGAUCCGCUCCAACCACAAGAAGGAAUGAUCGAGGAGAUUCUUACCGAAGACCCACUGGAACUUGCACUGGUGCGUGCUGAAGCCGAGCAGAGUAUGGUGAACAUUGAUGCUGAUGGAUAUGCCAAGAUGCUUGACUCCGCAAGGAGUAUGGGGAGAAUGGUAGCGAGUCUAAGUCUGGGGGAGGAUAUCAACAGGUGCGAGACCACUCCAUCUGGAGCGACCCCUAAACCGGACCAACCAGAGGAUCCCUGGAGCGAGCUCAAGGCUCCCAAAGUUGAGCUAAAACCCCUUCCCAAAGGGCUCAGGUACGCUUUCUUAGGUCCGAAUUCCACAUAUCCUGUCAUUGUGAAUGCUGAGCUGAAUAAUGUGGAAACUGCAUUGCUUUUAUGCGAGCUUAGAAAAUAUCGUAAGGCAUUAGGAUAUUCGCUAGCUGACAUCCCUGGUAUUUCGCCUGAUUUAUGCAUGCAUAGAAUCCACUUGGAAGAUGAAUCAAUGACUUCUGUCGAACAUCAGAGGAGGUUAAACCCGAAUCUAAAAGAUGUCGUUAAGAAAGAGAUAAUGAAACUUCUUGAAGCAGGUGUGAUCUAUGCGAUUUCUGAUAGUAAAUGGGUCAGUCCUGUUCAUGUUGUACCUAAGAAAGGUGGGAUCACUGUUAUCACAAAUGAAAAGAAUGAAUUGAUCCCUACUAGGACGGUGACAGGACAUCGCAUGUGCAUAGAUUUCAGGAAAUUAAAUGCAGCAACUAGAAAGGAUCACUUCCCACUCCCUUUUAUUGAUCAAAUGCUUGAGAGAUUGGCUAACCACCCAUAUUACUGCUUUUUAGAUGGUUAUUCAGGUUUCUUUCAGAUUCCCAUCCAUCCAGACGAUCAGGAGAAAACGACGUUCACAUGCCCCUACGGAACGUACGCUUACAGGAGAAUGCCAUUCGGCUUGUGCAAUGCGCCAGCAACAUUCCAGCGCUGCAUGAUGUCGAUCUUUACUGACCUGAUUGAAGACAUUAUGGAAGUUUUCAUGGACGAUUUCAGCGUCUAUGGAAGCUCCUUUAAUGUCUGUUUGUCAAACUUGUGCAGGGUUCUUAAAAGAUGUGAGGAGAAACACCUCGUACUCAACUGGGAGAAAUGCCACUUCAUGGUCACAGACGGGAUUGUUCUAGGGCACAAGAUCUCCGAGAAAGGAAUUGAGGUGGAUAAGGCAAAGAUCGAAGUGAUGAUGAGUUUGCAACCACCAACAAACGUGAAGGCCAUCAGGAGUUUCUUGGGUCACGCUGGGUUUUACCGACGGUUUAUCCAGGAUUUCUCAAGGAUAGCAAGACCACUCACCAGACUGCUCUGUAAGGAGAUCAAGUUCGAUUUCGACAGUGAGUGUCUAGCUGCUUUCCACACCAUCAAGGGAGCUCUAGUCAGUGCACCUGUUGUGCAACCACCAGACUGGGACCUACCCUUUGAAAUCAUGACUGAUGCAAGUGAUUUUGCAGUUGGAGCAGUACUUGGGCAGCGUAAGGACAAGAAACUUCAUGUGAUCUAUUACGCUAGCAAAACUAUGGAUGAAGCUCAGUGCAGAUACGCUACAACUGAGAAAGAGCUUCUGGCUAUUGUUUUUGCUUUCGAAAAAUUUAGGUCCUACCUAGUGGGAUCUAAAGUGAUUGUGCACACAGACCAUGCUGCUCUUAAGUACCUGCUCACAAAGAAAGAUGCGAAACCGAGGUUGUUAAGGUGGAUUCUUCUUCUCCAAGAAUUUGAUCUAGAGAUAAAAGAUAAGAGAGGUGUCGAGAAUGGGGUCGCUGACCAUCUGUCCAGAAUGAAGAUUGAGGACGACACAACUCUUGAUGAGGAACACCCAGUUGAACACGUCAACGCGAUUGGUCUGUGUUACGCGGAACAAUCUCUAAGAACCAUGUCAGACUGUUCCAGCAUCGCGGAACAACCUCCGAGGAAGGCGCCCGAUUGUUCUCACAUCUCGAAACAUCAUGUCGCCUUGAUCCAAAAGCAAUAUCCUCACCUCCCAUGGUUUGCUGAGAUUGCUAACUUUCUAGCUGCUGAAAAGCCACCACUUAAGUUCACAGGAAACGACAAGAGGAAAUUCCUGAGAGAGGCAAGGCGUUAUGUUUGGGAUGAACCGUUCUUGUACAGACAAGGCAAGGAUGGUUUGUUCAGAAGGUGUGUUCCAGAGGCAGAUAUUCCAGGAAUUCUGCACCACUGCCAUGGUUCAUCUUACGCAGGUCAUUUCGCUGCAUUCAAAACGGUUUCUAAAGUCCUCCAAGCAGGGUUCUGGUGGCCGACUAUGUUCAGGGAUGCUCAAGCCUACGUAGCCAGGUGCGAUGCAUGCCAGCGACUUGGGAACAUCAGCAAGAGGAAUGAGAUGCCUCAGAAUUACAUUCUAGAGGUUGAGGUAUUCGACUGUUGGGGAGUCGAUUUCAUGGGACCAUUCCCUGCGUCCUUCAAGAACGAGUACAUCCUUGUCGCCGUUGACUACGUCUCUAAGUGGGUAGAAGCAGUGGCAAGCCCUACGAACGAUGCAAAAGUGGCGACUAAGAUGUUCAGCUCAAUCAUAUUCCCAAGGUUCGGAGUGCCUAGGGUCGUAAUCAGCGAUGGUGGAACACACUUCAUCAACAAGGCAUUUCAGGGCCUUUUAAAAAAGAAUGGAGUGAACCACAAGGUGGCAACUGCUUACCAUCCACAGACGAGCGGACAGGUUGAGGUGUCCAACAGGGAGAUCAAAAGCAUCCUGCAGAAAACUGUCAACACAUCGCGAAAGGACUGGUCGCUUAAGCUGGACGAUGCGCUAUGGGCCUACAGAACAGCCUACAAGACGCCGCUAGGAACGACUCCCUACCACUUGGUGUAUGGUAAAGCAUGUCACCUACCCGUCGAGCUUGAAUACAAGGCUGCAUGGGCAGUCAAGCUACUGAAUUUCGACAUCAAGCCAGCAACCGAGAGACGCAUGAUCCAGAUUCAUGAACUGGAGGAGAUAAGGCACCUCGCCUAUGAAAGCUCCAAAAUCUACAAAGAGAAAACCAAGGCCUACCAUGACAAGAGGAUCAUUGCCAGACAAUUCGAACCAAACGAUAAGGUCUUGCUUUUCAAUUCGAGGCUGAGAUUAUUCCCAGGGAAGUUGAAGUCUAGAUGGUCCGGGCCUUUCACUGUUAAGGAAGUUCGACCCUACGGAGCAGUUGUGUUAUUAGACAAAAAAGGGGACGAGUUUGUAGUGAAUGGACAGCGCGUCAAGCACUACCUUGCUGACUCCACUAUCGCAGAGGGAGAAGAAAUUCCCCUAAGCGAGCCCCCAUCUGCCUGAUCAAUUGAUCCAAGUCGAGCUAAUGACUUUAAACAAGCGCUUGGUGGGAGGCA